UGAAAAUGGUUAAACCUCUAUAGACAAAACUGUGUCAGCAAGAAGCGAACGGGAUCGCUGCAUUUUCCGCGAUUGCCUUACAUGGGACUAAUUUUCGGUGCAAGUCCUGAAGGCUCUCCGCCUACUAGCCACUGUGAUAAGAGAGAAUCUAUUCGCAAUUUUUGGAAUCUUCAGUGACUGGCCAACGUUGACGUAAUUAUAUUUAUGAUAUCAAUUCGCACGACAUCUUAUACAUUUACCACACAUCGGUCAAACGAAGUUUAUGCAGAUUCAACAUCGCUAAAAAUGUGAUUUCCCUAUAUUCCAACGAGGCUUGUCAUAAUUCAGAUCUGUACUAAAGCACGUGAUAUGUCUUCCGACAAAGAAGAAAUAGUUUCUCCACCAUCCAAACGCAACGAUGUCGCCUAUUCAAUCAACGCCUAUGAAGACACACGAAAUGCAAAUAUAGCGGUGCCUCACGAUCCUACCGACUAUAUUCAAAAAGCCCGUAUAACUCGAGCACAGCCUCCGAAACCUGCAUAUGAUCCACUGCAAUUCGUACAGCUGAAACCAUGCAGUCUGGUGAAGAACGCUCAAGCGCAGAUGCUGAAAGCGGAUGAAGUUAAGAAGGUUAAAGAUGAAAAAAAGGAAGAACCGGAAGAGUGGCAAUGUAACUUAGACAACUGGAAAUCGUCCAGGAGGAAACGAGUUGAACACAUAAUAGACAGGGUAGUCGAGGUGAAAAAAUAUGAACUGGAGGAACAUGAUCGAAAUAGAAGAAAAUCCAAAACAUUCAAUGAAAUGAUGGAAGAAAGGGGCUCGAGGCGGCUUAAGUUUCUUCCCGUUUACACAGAUGAUGAUAAUAACGAUUUGAGCGAUCUUGGAAUACAUUCUUCUGAUUCAUCACAAAAAACAAUCGAAGAAACUAACGUGGAAAACUCCAGAAACACCCCUUCACCAGAAACCUCUACGGACAGGGAUUUUAACGAAUACACAUACGAGGGAGCAAUCGAAGAUUACAAAAGCCGGAUUUCCCGAGCAACACAUGCAGCUAAUGACACCCAACGACUUGAAAACAAGGGCCAGCCGAAAGUGAAGAUCCAAUUACAGGUAAACUUACGCAACGAGAUUGCCCCACUGCCAUCGGACAGGAAGCUUUCGGAUGCAUCAAUACCUGAGAUUCCCAAGAUUGAUUUUCUAAAACGGAAGGAGUUGUUCGAAAAAGAACAAGAACAGAAGAACGAGACUGAUUCAAGACGUCAGUCAACGGAUUUUGUAAGCACAUUAAGCAUAAAAGAAAGACUAUCAGUAUUACAGCUCAAUCAGACCCAAGAAUCCACUGAGUCUGAAAAGCAACAGCGAACAAUUCCAGACGUUUCAUUCACUGAUUUGAAAAACCGAUUGGAAAUAUUCGAGAGAGAAAUUAGAACUCUGGCGCACGACAAAGAAGAUCCGUCGCCACCCUUCCCAGCUAUGUCACACGAAAGCUCGGUAGAACCACUUGUUAGUGCAGUGAAAGACGAAUUGAAACAGGAAGAUGAGCUAUUGGAAAAAUCACAUUACUACCCCAAUUCUUACAGUGAAAUGUUAACUCAGAAGCAAAAUUUAACGCUUGAUGAGAACGAGAACAUUGAUACGGAUCGAGAAGACAGCGGUAUACAUACUACAGAUGUCUCCUGUUCUGUUUCACAAGCUGACGAGCAGACUGAAGAUGGCGAGCAUCUUCCACAUGAUGAAUCCAAUGUAAAACCGAUCCACACUGUAUCUAAGGAACAACCCUCAACAACUCCUGAAGAUACUAUUCAAAUGGAAUUCGAUGAAACGAACGACAUAAGUAUAUUAGACGAUGCUUUGGAAAUGGCAUUCCAAGAAAUUGAUAAUAUGGAAACAACUGCUCCGCAGCCAAUAGACUCCACCAUUCAGGAGCCAAUUUACCAAAAUAUUACCGAUAUCGAAAACACCACAUCACAACAUUCGGAUGAUAGAGUCAAUGCUGGCAAUGAGCCCUAUUACCAGGUUCCAAAGUCCCAAGAGCCAUACUAUGAAGUACCAAAGACAAAACCGAUCCCUUUGUAUGAGAAUGUGGAUAUGAUGCAGUCGGUUGCCAUCAUUUCUGAGGGUGGCUCUGAUACUAGUUUUACUGUCAGCCUAAACCAUCAACUACCGCCGAAAGAGAAACCUCCUCCUCCUCCUAUAGAAAGUAAACAAGAUGGUGGUUGUAGUGAUUUUACUUGUAAUUCUAAUAGUGAAAAUUUUAAACGCAUUAAUUCUACCAAACGUAUUAAAAAAGAACUUCACAACAAGCGAUCGAGUUUUCUUGGAAUCGAGACGGAUUAUGUAGAUGAGGAUGGAUUUAUGAAGUUUUCUAUAGCUACUCCCCCCAGAGCCGCUGCGUCUAUCCUGCAGGAAGAAAAACGGCUUGAAAAGCAAUAUCUGUUGCAGACCGGAUUGUACGAUCAUUCUGAUGCAGCUGAAAGCCGGGAUUCAGGAAUGUCGGAAAACCACUCACGUCAAAGCAGCGACAUAUUCACUACUUCAUCGGACGACCCGGAAGAACUUAUCAAACCAAAAAUAGGAGAUUUAAAUUUACUGAAGUAUAGAGAUUAUGGUGAAAAUUCUUCCCAAAAUACCUUCUUCUCGCAAGCUGAGGAUGAGUAUGGAUAUCAAACAAGAGAUAGCCAAUUGCUCCAACUAGAGGAUUUGCGAUCUCCUAUUCCACAACCAAUUCCACCAGCGAAGCCUUUACGUUCCCCACAAUACUUGCACAAACAGUACAAUUCAUACAACGAGCAUAGUAAAUCUUUGUCAAAUGUUUCAAAUAUCGACUACAGCGAUAUGAUUAGCAGCACAGUAUCAUCAAGCGAAACCCAAAUAGCUUUCCAUAGCGCAUGCAAUAACAUUGAUAGUAUAAUGUCUAAUGAAAACUGUGAUCAAAACCGCCUGUACAAUAACCUACAUGUGACUGAACGUGGCUUAGAUUUAACUAAUUGUUUGCCGAAGAGUAAAUCACCAGAUAACUGGGAUCAAUAUGGGCUGUCGCGUGAAACUAAUGAAACCUCCAUGGACGCCUAUCCGCUUCACGACAGCCUACUGCGACAACGUAGCUAUACGGAAUGCUCACCACAAUGGAACGUUAAGGCAAGUAGACAUGCUAACCGGAAAAGUGAUUCAUACACCCGUCACUGGUUUGUGCAGGAAGCGGAGCAGCGCAGAAUUGAACAGCAACAGCAGCAAGUAAGAGGCAAUUUAGUGUCGGGUUAUAGUCAGAACAAAAAUGCUAACAGAAAAUCGCUACCGGAAUCAGUCAUACAGACAAUUACGCAGCGAGUGCAGAAUCUAGGAAUAGGUUCUGAGCGACGAUGGCAUCCCGAAGGACACUGCCAAGCACGCAAAACGAAUAAUGAUAAUGGAUUAAAAUCUGAAAAAUUGAAUAUACAAAGUCACCAACGCCCAUCUGAUCACGACGAAAAAGUUCUCAGCGUCAGCGGAAAGAAAAAAUGUUCGCAUUGCAAUAAUGAACUAGUUUGUGACGCAUCGGGUCGAUACAGUGGACAAUCUUUUUUCGGGAACGAUUUCUGGCUCGGCUCAAAGUCAUUUUGUGAGGAAAUAAAUCGACUCUACAAAAGCGAUAAUCAAACAUCAUUUGUAGAAAUGGCUUUUUUCGUAACCACUAUUAAAGUUAAAUUAGCUGAUUUUGUUCCAGAUGUGAAGCCUAUGCAACUAGGGCAAUGUUUACCCAAAUCGUGCUCCAUCAGGGAUGUAUACCACAUCCUGAAAGAAGACCCCAUAUCAAAAAAAAUGUUGGAUUCCAACACAUGUCAAACAGGGAACACAACUCAGCACAACACUCUAUCUUGUAAUCUACUGGAUGUAACAAACUUACGACUAGUACCAGGCAGCUACACAUUACUGAACGACAAUCGAUUCUAUUUUUUAAGUUUAACCUUGAUAGUCUUGAUUACAACCGUUAUUUUUGCAACCUAUUACGAAAAUUUUGUUGGAGCAACAAUGAGUGACUCAAAGAAUACCAAAGGAUCGAUAAAUGCCAGCGAAGUAGAGAUUGAGAAGCUCUCCGGCAUGGAACAACUAGUCGAACCAGAUGUCAAGCCAUUAGAAUUGAGUAGUUUCAAUCGAAACAAUAAUAAUGGCCACGAAGGGUCCUUCGUUAAAAGUGAUGUACAAAAUUCGAAAGUUGGGAAGCAUUUGGGCAUCAUAUCGGAAAUUCUUCUUUGUUUUGCUGCCGGAUCGAACUCUACAACCAUUUUAUCUGUGGCAAAGGCUAAUAAGGAUUCGCUUACAUGUAUACAUGGUUUAAGACUAUACUCAUUGUUGUGGACAAUUAUGGUACAUACGUACUUACAACUAUUUGCCGUUGGUGAAAAUCGGGUAGCCAGAAAAAUCACUGAACGAUCCUUUAGUUACCAGGUCGUUGGAAAUGCAACGUUUUCUGUAGACACAUUUUUCUUCAUCAGUGGAUUACUAAUUGUUGUGUUAUAUUUUCGUUCAUCUAAAAAUGAGCCAUCAAAUGAAAAACAAAAUAACAACGUAUUCAACUCAGCUGCUUGCUCAAACAUAGUGUAUUCAAUAGUUUACCGUUUCAUUAGGUUGACGCCAACUUACUUGUUUGUAAUCAUAUUCAAUGAACUCGCCCUUAAAUGGACUUACGGGAGAUCAGUGUUCACACCGGGAAUAAUAGAUCACAUUACAUGUAAUAAAUACUGGUGGCGUAACAUACUAUACAUCAACAACUGGUACUCAUUCAGUGAAAUGUGUAUGAUAUGGUCCUGGUAUCUGGCUAAUGAUAUGCAAUUCUACGUUAUUGCAAUCAUAAUUUUAACAAUAUCAUCAAGAUACAUGAAAACUUCUGCCUUCCUAUUAGUUCUACUAAUGGUUUGUUCAUGGGCAACUUCAAUUUUUCUCUCCAUUCAUUUCAACUACACGUAUAAAGUUGCUGAACCUUUCGAGUCAUUCGACGUACUCUAUGAUAAGCCAUGGCAACGAAUUACGCCGUAUAUAAUUGGAAUGCUAACUGGAUAUAUUCUUCACUUCAAGAAAACGCCUCCCAAAGUACCUGUGGCUAUAAAUUUAAUAUUGUGGGCAUUUUCAUUGUUGAUACUAUUUGGAUUGGUUUUCGGAGUAUGGGACGGUACACUUUCUGUCCCCAUGACCGCGCUUUACGUAAGCCUUGGCCAUACAGCCUGGGGAGUUGCUCUCAUAUGGAUAACAUUAUCAUGCUGCUGGGGAUAUGCUAAGCCAAUCAAUGAUAUACUAUCUUACCAGGCAUUCUUUCCUUUAAGUAGGCUGUCGUACUGUGCAUAUUUAUUGCACCCAGUAGUAAUGAUGGCUACAUCUUUUCAAAUGGAAGCGCCAAUGCAUUUGCAACAUGUAAUAGUGAUCACCAUGUUCUUUGGAAAUGCUGUACUUUCAUUUAUAUUAGCAUAUUUUGUAUCUUUAAUAUUUGAAGCUCCUGUAGUAAAAUUGUUGAAACUAGCUUUCAGGAGAUGAAUCGUUCCGCGAGAGUGAAACGAAAUAGUUACCAUCCAACGCGACAGGAAAAUACAUAUCUGGUCUAAUAUCAUUUGUUAAUGAAGGUGAUCGUGAUAGCUUAAAAAGACUGUAUUUUUGUUUUGAAAUCCAGUAGCUUUAAAAAAACUGUAAAACAAGGA